UCUUUCUGUCAGUAUCAAAAUAGCAUUCGUGUGCAGUGGACAAAAUUUUUGACAUUUCAAGUUUAUAGGACCUUAAAAUAUGGUGCAUCUAUUAAGAAAGAUUAGGGUUAUUUUAAUCGUUUCUGCUUUUUUCAUAAAUAUAGAGGCAUAUUUAAUUGAACCAAAAGAAUGGGAGGAUGUCGAAUUUAGGUCGAUUGUAAUUAAAGAAGGUGAUGCCCUCGAAAUGGUUUGUCAUGGCAAUACAUUUAUGAACUUCUAUUAUCCAGGAAUGGAUUACAUCCACUAUAGAAAACAUGAAAAAUCGUCCCAGACUUCCGAUUUUACAAUUUCGCGACAUAAAAAUGGCACUGGUUCAAUCACAAAUAUUUUUCGACGUCCAAGAGCAGUCCACGGAGAUACUGGCUUUUAUGGUUGUAUAGAAAUAAACAAUAAUACACAUACAGAUUUGGAUCCUGAAUUUAACCUUUUCAAUAAGACAAUCUUCUACGUAACGUCUUCAAAAAGUCUUUUUGGACAAAAGUUGGGACACAGGGUCUACAUUAUGGGUAAACAUUUUGAAGCAACUUUUGGUUGCGAUCGAGCAUCUCGAGAAAUAAAAAUGGAACUUGAGCGCCAUUAUCGUAGAAAUGUUACAGUUCUCACGAAUGAUAAAAGAUUCAAUUACCAUCCCUCAUUCGGUUUUAGAGUUAUCAAUUUUGCUCCUGAAGAUAAUGGUUUAUUUGUUUGCAAAGCCAGAUCCCCUGAUGGUCGAUAUGAAGAACGUCUGAUACCUACCAUAUUCUUUAAGCAUAGAUUGAUAAAUGAACCAAACAUAAAGUCCAUAGAUAGAUGUGAUCUAAUAGGGGGGACCUUGGAAGUUGAAUGUCAUGCACCGAUCACCAAUUUGACGAAUUAUAUUUUAGACUGGGAAUUACCAAUGAACACCUCUUUGUUGAAUUCUACAAAAAAAUACACAUUUGAACCAUAUUACCCACUGGAAUACAAUUUAAAUGUCACAUAUGUAAAAAAUAUAUUGAAAAUAUUUAAUACCACAAAGGAAGAUGAAGGUGUCUACAAAUGUGUCCUCACUAAUACUGCAACAAUGGAAAGAAAAAUCAGCGAGACUUACAUCCAGAUUUAUGAUCCAACCAUAAAAUAUUUAAAUUUAACAACCGAAGAGAAGGUAAAGAUUUUCAUACGUGAACCACGGUUACUAUUAGCAUUGGUUGUGGAUAUUGACGCCUAUCCAAAGAAUUUCACGAUUCGAUGGCUGAAUCCACAGAAGAAAGAGAUUUAUGCAAACGAAAAAUUCGAAAUUGAUAUUUGGCCAUAUUCUUCCCAUACUUCACAUAAUCUUUAUAUCAAUAAAAUAGACUUUGGAGAUGCUGGAAUUUAUACUGUCGAAGUAACACAUGCAACAGGAACAAAAACAAUGCAAUUUGAGCUAAUAGUUCAAAAUCCGAAGAAUAAUCAGUAUUUAGCAUAAAAAAUAGUUUAUUAUUAAGCAAUUUAUUUUUUUGUAGUUUAGUUGUAGCUUAGGUAUACUUUAAAAUAUUUCUAAGACACGAUAUUGGUCUUAUUUUUA